UUUAGAUUUGGUUUGACAGUGCAAAAACUCAGAUGUCCGCCUAUAUCCAAGAAUCUGGAUACUACAAAACUGAUAUUAUGUAUUUUGUACCCAACGGAUAUUCAAAGAACGUUCAUGGUUCGUCACUGAAACAUCUAAUGGUUGCUUCAGGUAUAUCCGGAUGAUCACAAGGUGUACACACGAACAUGUAAAGUCCACAUUCAAAACGAGGAUAAUUGAAAGCCUAACAAAGCAAAUAUGCAG